AGAAACAGAGUUCUUCUUUUGUCUUUAAUAGGUCUCUCUCUGGUUUUUUAUGCCCCCUCAACAAAUAAAAAAAAGCAACACUCGACGAAACUUCUCAAGAUCGUAACAGUGUAAACUUUAAUGGCUCUAUCUUUUGGUUACUUACAAAGAGACAACAGUUUCAAGAAAGAUUCUAAAGAGUGUGAAACACCAAGAAUUCUGAAAAAACCAGUAAAUAUGUAUCUGGAGAAGACUUUAUCGUUCAAAGAUUUGGUCGAGCAGGGAAACAAUUGCAGAGAUGAAACUAUUGGGGUCAAAACGAGAAGAGGUAUAAACCUGAAAGGUCCGAAGCCAGAUAACAUGAUUCUUGAGAGGAGUCUCUCGUUCACGAGUCUAGUCCAGGUGGAGCACAGAGAAGAAGAAGACGAAGAAAGAGGCUCGUCUCCGAAAAGAAGGAACAGGGGUAAAAUGGGAAUUUUAGGGAAUUUAACGGCGUUAAGUGUGCCACAACCAACGCCGUUUUGGUCUCCCAGACCGUCGACGGAACUUGACGCUGCCGCCGUUACGUUGCAAAAGGUUUACAAAAGUUAUCGAACGCGUCGCAAUCUCGCUGACUGCGCAGUAGUUGCAGAAGAGUUAUGGUGGAAAGAAUUGGAAUUGGCAGCGUCAGAACCGAACCGAACCAACGAGAAACCAGAGACGGCUGUGUCGAGGUGGGCAAGAGCUGGGACAAAAGCUGCAAAGGUAGGGAAAGGAUUGUUGAAAGAUGAUAAAGCCCAGAAAUUGGCAUUGCGACAUUGGUUAGAAGCCAUUGACCCACGACAUAGGUACGGACAUAAUUUACACUUAUACUAUGAUAUUUGGUCAGAAAGCGCGAGUACUCAGCCAUUUUUCUUCUGGUUAGACAUUGGAGAUGGCAAGGAAGUGAAUCUCACCAAAUGUCCAAGAACUCUUCUUCAACGCCAGUGCAUCACCUACCUUGGUCCGAAAGAGAGACAAGCGUACGAAGUGGUAGUGGAAGGAGGGAAACUAGUCAACCGACAAAACAAGAACCUCGUGGAGACCAUCGAAGGAACCAAAUGGAUCUUCGUGUUGAGCACAACAAGAAAAUUUUACAUUGGUCAGAAAGAGAAAGGUCGGUUUCAGCAUUCGAGUUUUCUUUCCGGCGCCGCAAUUACUGCCGCCGGUAGAAUUGUCUCUCACGGUGGAGUUGUAGAAGCUGUGUGGCCGUACAGUGGCCAUUAUCUCCCGACGGAGGAGAAUUUCCAAGAAUUUAUCGGUUUCUUAAGAGAAAACCAUGUGGAUCUCACUAAUGUCAAGCUGAAUGCGAUUGACGACGACAUUCAUCGGCGAUCCAACGACGGAAGCACCAAACCGUCGAAAUCUGACGGUGGAGAUGAAACUAAGGCUGACGCGGUUGAUCCUACGGCGGAGGAUCUCAGGGAAAAGAAGCCGUUUUCGUGCAAGUGGAGUACCGGAAAUGGGCCUAGGAUUGGGUGUGUGCGGGACUAUCCCAUGGAUCUGCAGACGCGGGCGCUUGAGCAAGUCAACCUUUCUCCUCGUGUGGUCAACGGAACGAUGGGAUUAUAUGGCCCAAUACCUUCGCCAAGGCCUAGCCCAAAGAUUCGUGUCUCUCCUAGGAUAUCUUGCAUGGGUCUUCCAAGUCCGAGGAACUAAUAAUUUUCCAUUUUUUUUCUAAUCUGAUCAUUCAAAUUAUUAUUUUUUGUUUCCUCCCCUGGUCUUGGGUGAUUCUUUAACUAGGGUACAACUUGUACCCAUUAAAUUUUCAAAUAAUUUAAUUUUACAUUUUUGUAGGGUUAUAUUUACCCUUUUUACCUUUUAUUUACUUUGUAACAUCCGCUUCGAU